AUGUCAAUACUCGAGAAAAAACAAGACAAGGGCGCUAUAUCGCCAGCCCCAUCCAAUGACGGUGAUGUUACCGAAGCUCUCGCCCAUGAUGCAGUUUUUGGAGAUAUUACAGAAGACGGUCCAAAUUAUCGCAAUGUUGGGUGGCUCGGAACUUCUGUUCUCAUGAUGAAGACCCAGAUUGGUCUUGGCGUUCUUUCAAUCCCUGUUGCUUUUGACGCUCUCGGCAUCGUACCUGGUGUCAUCGUCCUAUGUGUUAUUGCCGGAAUAACAACGUGGUCUGAUUACAUUAUUGGUGAUUUCAAGAUUCGCCAUCGAGAAAUCUACGGAAUCGACGAUGUGGGUGAGUUGUUGUUCGGCAAGCCGGGACGAAUUAUUCUCGGUGGAGCUUUCAUUCUCUGGUGGAUGUUCACUGCGGGCUCUGGAAUGCUGGGCAUCUCCAUCGGCUUGAAUGCCGUGUCCAAUCACGCCACUUGUACCGCUGUGUAUGUCGCUGUUGCCUUUGUUGUAGCUUUCGUUCUAGGUAGUAUCCAGACGCUGGGACGUAUCUCGUGGAUUGCGUGGGUUGGUUUGACUUGUAUCCUUACAUCAAUUAUGAUUGUUACAGUCGCUGUUGGUCUUCAAGAUCGCCCAACCUCGGCACCUAAGAAUGGAGUAUGGGAGUCUGACUACAAGAUUGUUGGUAAUGGAUCAUUCUCCACUGCCAUCUCGGCUGUGACUACGAUGGUUUUCGCAUACGCUGGAACACCAGCAUUCUUCUCUAUUGCAUCUGAGAUGCGCGAUCCCCGUGACUACAACCGAGCCCUUAUAUUGUGCCAGUCUGUCGUCACUUGCUUCUACAUUGUCGUCGGUGUUGUAAUUUACUACUACUGUGGAUCAUACGUCUCAUCGCCUGCCCUGGGCUCCGCUGGACCGAUCGUGAAGAAAGUCAGCUACGGAUUCGCCCUUCCUGGAUUAAUCGCCAGCACCCUGCUGUUCGUCCAUAUCACUGGUAAAUACAUCUUCAUCCGCAUCCUCCAAGGCUCCCGCCAUCUAGUCGCAAACACCAUGAUUCACUGGUCCGUCUGGAUCGCGUGCACCUUCGGCACCUCAGUCGUCGCCUACAUCAUCGCCAGCGCUAUUCCCGUCUUCAGCGAUCUGGUAUCCCUCGUCGGCGCUCUACUCGGAACCCCCAUGUGCUUCCAACCCAUGGCCGGCAUGUGGCUCUACGACAACUGGAGCCGACCUAAUCGCAACUGGAAGUGGACCGCGAUGGUCUGCUGGUGUGUAUUUGUUAUUUUGGCUGGAACCUUUCUGAUGAUUGCGGGCACAUACGGAUCGGUUAUUGACAUUAUUGACGACUACAAGAAGAACGGUGGAUCGGCUGCUUGGUCUUGCGCCGAUAACUCGUCAUCCUAG